UUCCCUACACAUUAUUAACAAGUUUGAAGAUCAAAAUUAUAAAGGAUCGCCAUCGAUCGCCCACAUUGCUAUUUGAUUUCGACGACCUUCCUGCUAUAUUAUCAUUUCCAGGAUGAAAAAAUCAAUGAGCGCAUACAUCAGAAAAUUUCUUUUAUGCACUGCUGGGACUGCCGCCGCUCCCAACUUUCAAAUCCGCGUUGAUGUGCACGAAGAAUAUGCCAAUGCCUUUAGGACCGAAUCAUACAAUGAGUUCUGGACACGUGUCCUGGCAUUGUCAGAUGAAAAUUCUGCCACGUAUAUUCCAGUCGAGACAUCCACAGCGGCUCGCCUUCCGUCGUAUCGCCUGUUCGUGGAACAUCUUUUGGAUCCAGACCAACCCACAGUCACCCGGAUCCUUGCAUUGGCUCACAACCCACCCGCCGCCCACUCUCUUCUAACCCAAUAUUUCAACCAAACAGCCAACGCCUCUCUCUUAUGUGGCUCUUUACUAAAGGAUAUUGACCAUACACGUGUCAAAUACAGCUCUCUCAAAAUCACCCUCCAAUCUAUGGGCACCACGCCCUUAUCACCCGAAAAGCAUUUCCGGAUACUUUUAACCCGAAUAACCGAAUUCACCAACUCCCUCAACCCAUGUCACUGGUCCGCUCCUUCUCCCACCCAGGUUCGAGCCACACAAGCCGAUUGCUCCAAUUUGCUCAAGAAGCUGGAGUCAAGCCGCGACAGGGCUAAAUCCAAGCUGCAAAUGAGAAGUAGACUAAAACACGGCUCGGCUUUAUUCCUCGUGGCUUUAACAGCUUCACUUACAGUGAUCCUUGCAACUCAUGCUUUGGCUUUGGUAGUGGCUGCUCCAAGUCUUAUAAAGGCUUCAUUGGAUGUGGCUUCUAGCAGGAGGCUAGCUAGAGUGAUGUCUCAGCUUGAUAUGGCUGCAAAGGGGAGCUACAUUCUUAGUAGAGAUCUAGAAACCAUUAGCCGGCUGGUGGCUCGACUAAACGAUGAGCUAGAGCAUAUGAGGGCGACAGUUAAGUUUUGGGUUGAUAGAGGAGAGGAAUGGAUCCGGGUCCAAGCCAAUGGGGAAGUGAUGCGCCGGCUGAAGAAGAAUGAUUGCAGCUUUAGCGAGCAGCUAGAUGAAGCGGAGGAGCAUUUGUACUUGUGCUUCAUGACAAUUAAUAGAGCAAGAAACCUUGUCCUUAGAGAGAUAUUGGACCCGGGUCAACCCAUCAAGGCACCCAAUCUUCUCUCAAAAUAGUAUAUAUAAUUUACUUUAUUCAUAAUUGCAAAAUAAGACUGUAAAAUUAGUUGGGCCAUGUUUUUGAUGACCGAAAUUUUGGUUCGUUGGCGGUAUA